GACUGUGGGAGAGACUCAGCCAAUCUGUGCACGGUGACGCUGCACAAGGCUGGACGCGCUUCAUCAUAAUAUUUAACACACCCAACCUCAAUCUCACAUGCGAAGGACAGUGAUUGUCUUUUUCCUAGCUCACAAGGCACACUGUAGUCUAUCUCCGAGAGAGAAACCGAAUCGGCACCUAUCCGAAUUAUUUGUUUGAUUCGUCUCGUUUUGGUUGUUUUGUAUUGCCUGUCUUUAUUCGGGAUUUGCUUUGAACAUUGCCAUUUAUUCUCAUCCUAGGUCGCUUACUGUACUUUGCCUGCUGCGCCUUUACACGUUGUUUUAUCGUUUCUAGUGGAAAAGGAGGAGUCUUUCGAGUAGUCUUCUUUUAAAAUUAUAUUUUGACAUUGGUGAAUAGCGCUCUCGGCGCUUUUCCUAUCCCGGACUGGACCAAUGCGUAGCCCGUGCCCAGCGGAUCCACGACAGCUCCGUUUCUCACACAGCAGAGUUCACGCUCAAUGGCCGGACCGAUGUGCUCCAGCAGACCCCGCCAACAUACACCUCUGAUGGAUCAUUUAUCUACCGUUUUCGAGCUUCUUUCCAGACCCUUGCACUUCCUUUAUACCGUGUAUUGUGCGUAAAGCCUUGGGGUCGGAGCUGUAGAGCGAAAGCAAUUGAGAUAAUGCCGCUUUCCCAACUCGACCGUUGGUCUGAACCGAGUCGACCUGUUUUACCUGGGCGCAUGCGGAGAAUCCUCUCGUUCUGAACCACAAAAGAAGCCUGCCGUCUGGAUUUCUAUGUGGUUGGAAAUACAAAAGUUGAACACUGAAACAUUUAGUCUACUCAAGACGGCAAGAAGUGAAGAUGGUUACGUGUUCAACGUGUAUUUCAUUAAAGUGGCAUCCAGCGUGAUAAACAUAAUCAGUGAUGUAGUGAGUCUGUUCAUAUGCGUGCUCAUCAUUUGCAGUAAAUACUCGCAACUGCUCAAACAGGGGACUAUGAAGAUGAUACUCUUCCGUAAAUUCCGGGUUUUGAUUCUCAUGGUGUUUCUAAUCGCCUGCUCGAUGCACAUCAUGAUAGACUUGUUACCAAAGCUGGAGAGGCGCAGCAACAGCGGCUGCUCCUGCUCGCACAAGCCGAGCGAGGACCCUCAGAACUGGGCUAAACACCGAGCUAGGUCGGGAGCGGAGUCAGGCUGGCCUAACAAACACACGCUGAGAAUCCUCCAGGACUUCAGCAAUGAGCCAAACUCCAACACCUCUUCCCAUUCUCUGGAGAAGAACACCAAAGCGGGAAACAAAACGGAAGCCUUUAAACGGAUUGAACAUUAUGCACAAAAUGGUGACAAAAAGAGACGGUUCAUACAGGACACUGUGGUCACCAAAAACAUACCUGUCAAGAGUUCAAGGUUGCUGGCUCUGUUUGACCACCCGUUAUUCAAGAGAGCCUUACCGUCUCUGACCGACGAAGACACCUUGUUCAACGUGAACACAGACAUCAGAUUUGACCCCAACGCCGCCACAGAGAAUCAGGAAUGGCACGCUGAAGGGAACAUGGAGGAGUACACUCCAACAGGAGGAGAGCUGACGGCUGACUCCUACCCCAACUGGCUCCGCUUCCACAUAGGGAUUAAUCGAUAUGAGCUCUACUCCAGACAUAACCUAGUCAUCGAUGCUCUGCUCAGGGACCUGGUCUCACAGAGAAUCACCAGCGUCGCCAUGAAGUCUGGAGGCACCCAACUGAAACUGAUCAUGACGUUCCAGAACUAUGGACAGGCUCUGUUCAAACCUAUGAAGCAGACCCGGGAGCAGGAGACGCCCCCUGACUUCUUCUACUUCUCAGACUUUGAGAGACACAAUGCUGAAAUCGCUGCCUUUCAUCUGGACAGAAUCCUGGACUUCCGUCGUGUCCCUCCUGUAGCAGGCAGAUUGCUGAAUAUGACUAAAGAGAUCAAAGAUAUGACCAGGGACAAGAAGCUGUGGAAAACCUUCUUCAUAUCACCAGCCAACAACAUCUGUUUCUAUGGGGAGUGUUCGUAUUACUGCUCUACGGAGCAUGCUCUGUGCGGUAAGCCGGACCAGAUCGAGGGUUCUCUGGCUGCCUUCCUCCCAGACCUGGCCCUGGCAAAACGUAAGACCUGGAGAAACCCCUGGAGACGAUCCUACCACAAACGCAAGAAAGCAGAGUGGGAGGUGGACCCUGACUACUGUGAAGAGGUGAAACAGACUCCGCCCUAUGACGGCGGCACCCGUCUGCUGGACAUCAUGGACAUGACCAUCUUUGACUUCCUCAUGGGCAACAUGGAUCGCCAUCACUAUGAGACGUUUGAGAAGUUUGGCAAUGAGAGCUUCAUAAUCCACCUGGACAACGGGAGAGGGUUUGGAAAGCAUUCCCAUGAUGAGGUGUCUAUCCUGGUGCCUUUAAGCCAAUGUUGCAGAGUGAAGAAGUCGACCCACCUGCGUCUGCAGCUGCUGGCCAAGGAGGAGUACCAGCUGAGUGAUCUGAUGUCUGAGUCUCUGCUGAGGGACAAACUGAUCCCCAUCCUCAUCCAGCCUCACCUGGAGGCGAUGGACAGACGCCUACGCCACACACUCAACGUCCUGGCAGACUGCAUCGAGAAGGAGGGCUAUAGUAAUGUUGUGGAGGAUGACCUGGCGAGUGAGAGGAGGGGGGCUCAGAUGCACACAUCACCCAGGGGGAGGUAGCUGGGAGGCCUGAACUGUUCUGGAAUGGACCAGACUGGAUUGGACCGUAUGGAACUAGAGUCGAUCGGACUGAACUGGAUUGAACUGGAUUGGACUGGACCAGAUUAAACCGGACUGAACCGGUUUUGACCACCAUCCCCAUAGGCCCCUUAAAUAACAGUGUACACCUCCCAACCAAUCGAUCAUCUCCCACCACAGCACCACAGAUCAUGAAAGUCUUGCGAGAGCCGCUUGUCUUGUUCAGGAGACAUUUUUGAAUUCAGUGAAUUCCAAGACUGGUAUUAUUCCUUCUGCUGUCAACUGAAUAUUGUGUUUCUACACAUUGUUGGGACCUGUCGCAGGUGUGCAAACGAUAUGCGUAUUGGAGAUCGAUUCUGUGUCUUAAUGAACAAUUUAUUGCAAAAUGUUUUAUAACUUCUGUUGCUCUUUUACAUUGUAUUUUGUAUUAAUUUAAGAGAUAUUUCAUUGGAGGGUUUACUGCAAAAUGUGUCUUCUGCUUUUCAUCUUUCAAAUGCUUCCUGUCCCGAGAGUAUUUAUUGCAUUUCAUAUUAAUUGUUUGAAAUAAAUGAGACCCAAAUCAUUUUUCUAUCAAUAGGACUGGGGGCUCGAGUCAAUCUGUAUCGCUGAAACUCUCGAGUGGUGCAGCGGUCUAAGGCACUGCAUCUCAGAGCUAGAGGCAUCACUACAGACUCUGGUUUGAUUCCAGGCUGUAUCACAACCGGCCGUGAUUGGGAGUCCCAUAGGGCGGCGCACAAUUGGCCCAGUGUCGUCCGGGUUUGGCCGGGGUAGGCUGUCAUUGUAAAUAAGGAUUUGUUCUUAACUUGCCUAGUUAAAUAAUGGUUAAAUAAAUACAUGCUCUAGAAAUAUAAAGUUAAUGUCCUGUUGAGCCGACAUUUGCAGCGUUUACCAUGAAUGCAGUUUCUGCUAAUGUGGGAACAUUGCCUUUAAAUUUCAAGCACACUGUAACGCUGAACUUCCACUAUACAGAUCGAAUACAGCCCUGAGUGGUCAGGAGACCAAGAGGGAGUGAGAGAGACUACAGAUGUGCAGUCCUUAGUUGGUCAAGUAGAGGGCAGCUCUAGUGCAUGUACAAUAGUGGUCUGCAGGUCAGCUGUUUGUUCACCUGCACCUGCCCACAAUUGCUAAUAACCCACCUGCAACCGCCCAACUAUGCUGUAGGCUACGGUCAGAGAUGGCAGAAAGAUUUUUUGACAGGGGUGCAGUUUCUUUUUUAUAGCAAAUAUGUUUCUGCUUAUAAUUACCGACAUUUCGGUAGGCUAUUUGUUAGUCAACUUGUCUAUAAUUAGACUAUAUACAUGCUGCUUCUCUUUUGUCAUUAUAUGUUGACCUAGGAGACUAAAAUAAACCCUUGCUCACCAGAAACAUUUCAUAAAUUGAUAGAAGCAUUCAUUCUAUCUAUGUAGUUGACAUCAGUAAACUUUUCUUUGUCGUCUCUAUUUCUUUCCCGAAGCAAAGACGUUUAGGGACUGGGGAGAAAAUGCAAUAACAAAAAAAAAGGAAAGAUUUUCUGUGUA